AAUUGGACUUAUAGAUAAUUCAGCGUCGAAAGGAGUUCACCAUAUGAACUGGAGAGCAGUCAAUGCUAAUACAAAGAAUAUUAUGGUAACUGGCAGCUGGUUUUUGCAGAGUGAAGAUACGCUGCUGUCUGCCGAAGAAAAGCUAAGCUAACAGUGAAAUAUUAACAACCCUUUGCAUGUAUUAAUAAGUAGACUAUCAUUAAAUCAAAUUAAAUGAAGUUGCUGACCAAAAUGUGAGGCUGUUCUCCGCUCAAAAACAACAACAUUAACAAUAACAGCGGAAUCAAAUGAACUUUGACCCAGUUUUGUGGUCAACAGUCAGCGUUAGCUAACAGUAACAUUACUCAUUAAUACAACUCUUCUCAAGGGCGAAAUCUUCAGUCAGACAUCUGGGGGGACCAGACUGCAGGUUUUGAGCCAUGUCGGCAUGCACGGCCCUCUUGAACCGCAGCGUCUCUGGAGGCUGCUGCAGGGUGUUGUGCGGUGUUACUCGACCGCUCGUCCAUGUCAGAUCAGCCAUUGUAGCUGAGCCGGGCACGAGAAGAUCUGAUGAAGACAAUCUCUGGGAGGCAACGGGCAACCUGCCGUUCUCCAGAGCCAGGAUAGGAUCUUUCUUUCAGGACAGGCCUGUGCUGAAGAACCCGUUUCUAGAGGACGCUUUGCUCAGAGGAUACUUGAGGAGACACCUGCCUCAGGAGGCAGCUUUCUCAGACUUGUGUGCAUUUGGAGAGCGUGUGGCGAAUGAGGUGGACGAGUGGGGCCGAGAGUGUGAGGUUACUCCUCCAAGGUUGGUGCACUUUGACCCCUGGGGUCGCAGAGUGGACCACAUUGUGACCUCCCCGGCAUGGAAAAACAUGAAAGACCUGUCGGCACAGGAAGGACUGGUUGCCAUCGGCUACGAGAGGCCAUGUGGGGAGUGGAGUCGUGUGUACCAAAUGAGCAAGCUAUACCUCUUCUCUCCCUCCUCUGGUCUCUACACGUGUCCUCUGGCCAUGACUGACGGAGCUGCUAAAGUCAUCCAGUCCAUAGGUGUUUUGUGGCCAGUAGAAGAAGCCUUCAGUCGUUUGACCACUCGUCAGCCAGAACGUUUCUGGACGUCAGGACAGUGGAUGACUGAGAGACAGGGAGGAUCUGAUGUGGGCAGCGGCACAGAGACAGUUGCUGUUCCUCAGACAGACGGUUCAUACAAACUACACGGCUUCAAGUGGUUCACCUCCGCUACGGAUGCAGACAUGACUCUCACGCUGGCCAGAGUGCAGGACAGAACAGGAGCAACCACACCGGGUAGCAGGGGUUUGUCUCUGUUCUACGCGGAGGUGAGUCGAGGUGAGGACGGCCGGCUGAGAGGUAUCGAGGUCCAGAGACUGAAGGACAAGCUCGGCACAAGACAGAUGCCGACUGCUGAGCUGCUGCUGGACGGACUGCCAGCACACAGGCUCUCAGAGGAAGGAAGGGGUGUGGCGUCCAUAGCUAACAUGCUGACUAUAACCAGGAUCCACAACAGCGUGUCUGCAGCAGCAGCCAUGAGAAGGGUGGUCCAGUUAGCUCGUGACUACGCCACCCGCCGCACUGCCUUUGGAAAGCUUCUUAAAGACCACCCACUGCACAUGCAGACUCUCGCUAGGAUGGAGGUGGAGACUCGUGGAGCUUUCCUCCUGGUGAUGGAUGUGUGUCGUCUGUUGGGCCGAGAGGAAAGCGGCAUGGCGACGCAGCUUGAUACGCACCUCCUACGUCUGCUCACACCUGUGGUCAAACUCUACACUGGCAAGCAGGCAGUGGCUGUGGUGUCGGAGGGUUUGGAGAGUUUCGGAGGGCAGGGUUACAUCGAGGACACCGGGUUGCCUGGACUACUUCGUGAUUCACAGGUGUUGAGUAUAUGGGAAGGUACUACAAACGUUCUGUCUCUGGAUGUGCUGCGCUGUGUGGCUCGUAGCUCAGGAAUGGUUCUUCAUGCUUACUUCAACCAUGUCAAGUCCCUGCUUGCAGGUGCCUCAAGUGUUCCCUCACUGGCUCCAGCUGUGAAGGCAGUAGACGGUGCUCUCUCUCAACUGGAGGAGUUUGUUCAGGUAGCAGCUACCAGAGCGCCGAGCUACCUUGAACUAGCAGCCAGAGACCUGGCAUACAGCCUGGCUCGCAUCUACACUGGUGCCCUUCUCAUUGAUCAUGCAUGUUGGAAAGGAGCCUCUCCAUCUGACUCCUACGCAGCUCUCAGGUGGUGUGAACAGGACUUGUGUCCCGUUGCGACCACUCAGGCAAGAGGCUGCUAUGAUCCCAACACUCCCCCCCUUGAUGCUGCGCUGGUGUACGACCAACCGAUCCAAGCCGAAAACUGAUGUAUCUGUUGCUUGAUCUGACAUUGCUGUGCCUCACUUUUUUGAUUUUGUAGAUGACAGAGAUCAUAUUUUUGUAUAAAAAAUGAAAAUCCACUUUUGAAUAAGUAAUUUCUAAUACUUAGUUCUCUCUGUAUGAAGCAUGUAUGUGAUUUGAUGUAUGAUAUUUGCGUCUUUUAAAUAAAGUGUUUGCAUUUUUGUUUCCAAUAAAAAUAGAGCUGUUCGAGGAGUCUGGAUGCUUAAAACGGUUGAAGUGGGUAAAGUAAACCUGAUUCAAGGCUUCUCACAUUCACAGUCAGGAUCACUCUUCCAGUUAAUAGACUCUGUAAGCACAGAGAAAGCAAAGAUCUUGAACUUGAGCACAGGUCAGAGCCCCCAAAGAGGGGCUGUGCUUGGCGUACACAAUGCCUUUCAGAACUGUUGGAAAAACUGCAUGUGCAAAACUAAAUAUGUGAAUCGUGCACAUUUUGUAGAAAUACCUUCCUUGAUGCCACUGUACUGGGACUAACUCUUUUGUAUGUACACUAUCACUGCAUUUUAUAGCGCCUCAAAACUGAAUACCUGAAAUGAAACAUGAGGGUGAAACAUCUUAAUAAUGCUUCCAUGUGAUGUGCAGCAGCUUUUUUUUGCAAAGAUAUUAUAUAAAGAAAAUAUAUUAAAUACACCCACAAGUAAUAUUUUCUCCACUUCUCUAUUCACUAUGUUUUGUAUAUUUCAUAAUCUGCCUUGUUGUUUUUUUGCAUCCUGAAAUUCUGAGUUUAAGAUGCUGAAGUCAGCUUCAGAUUUUUGGUUGAGGGAAAUUGAAAGCAUAAAUAUCGAUGUUUAACGGCUGAUUCUCUGUUUUUGGACCACAUACACUUGUGAAAAAGUGUUAGACAAAAGCAAAGCCUUAACAGCGAAAGCCUUAACACUGUUUAAACCCACUUUCACAUUUGUGAAAAAUUUAUUUUGCUAAUGAAAACAG